ACUCGUUGAGCGAAAACGAUUUCCAUUCUGAAAAGGCAGGGUCCUCAUAUAGUGAUUGCCAUCGAACGGUGAGCUGGUCAUCAUAAGUUAAGUUUUGACGAACACGAAUUGAACUAGCACUUAUCGAGAGCUUGUCUCUUUACGGAGUCAAAAUCUAGAGUUGAAGGCAGCGGGAGACCAUGGAUGUGGCCCUGGUGUUACUGUGCCUGUUCUCGGUGCUGGUGUCUGAGAAGUUCCUGGUGGCAGCGUUUUCCCAGAGCCUGGUCAGCGACUUCACAUUCACACUCCCCGCAGGACGGAAGGAGUGCUUCUUCCAGACCAUGAAGAAGGACGCGUCGCUGGAGAUAGAAUAUCAGGUGUUGGACGGAGCAGGUCUGGAUGUUGACUUCUCACUGUCGUCUCCUACUGGACACGUUCUGUACAGCGAACACCGCAAAUCAGACGGAGUAUACACUGUAGAGACGGAGGAUGGAGACUACAUGUUUUGUUUUGACAACUCGUUUUCUGCUGUGUCGGAAAAGAUCAUUUUCUUCGAGCUUCUCAUGGACAACAUGGAACAGGAAGGGGAGGAGCCAGAGGACUGGAAGGAGUACGUCCAUGGGACCGACAUGUUGGACAUGAAGCUGGAGGACAUCAUGGACACCAUUAACAGUGUUAAAGCCCGGCUGGGGAAGAGCCUUCAGAUACAGACGGUGCUCAAAGCGUUUGAGGCUCGCGAUCGCAACCUCCAGGAGUCCAACUACGACCGGGUCAACAUGUGGUCCAUGACCAACAUGCUGGUGAUGAUGCUGGUGACGGGAGUGCAGGUCUACCUCAUCCGUGCGCUGUUUGAGGACAAGAGACACGUGCGCACGUAACACCCCGCCCACUGGGAAUGGCCAGGGAGAGACGGACAGCUCUGUCUACACCUGCCAGCCAAUAGCGAGCAGGACUGUUGAAGAUGAGAUUGUAACUCAUCAGAUUUUUAUGUACAACACUCACACACUCAUACGUUACAUCACACAUCCUUACAGACACAAAUGCCAUACCCGUCCAGUCUCUUCAUCUGCUCUGUUCUCCUCUGUUUAGCUGCUGAUGGUCAGAGGGUCUGUGUUGGUAUCUGCUCUAUCUAUCUAAUAAUCAGUGGCGGGUGAGACACCAGCCAGACCUUCAGUUAUUGGUGUUUAAAAGCGAGCGUAAAUGAACAAGUAUUUCUAAUUUAAUAUGGUAAUGUGACCUCUCAACUAUUUCUUCCAGACACUGAGGUGUGUGACUGUCCUGUCUCUGUGUCAUGUCUUCCAGUAUGUGACCUGUGAGUCAUGUUGCGAAACACUUUAUUGUAGAGUAGGUUAUUGAUACGCCUUAGAGAUUCUGAUUUAGCUGUCUGUGCCAAACUGCCAGAACUGUGGCCUUCCAAACACUGGCUGGAGUGGACAGCAACACUGGCUGGAGUGGACAGCAACACUGGGGCAGAACACACAUGGCCUUUCACCCUCACUCUCUUUCAAAAACACACUCAUUCUCACACACACACAAUCUUUUACUUACACACACUCAAACCCACACACUUCUUCAUUGAAACCGCUGCUGUCUGCCAGUUCCAGCGAAUAGAGAAGUGGAGUAGGGGAAAGGGAAUGGUUCCAUAUGUAACUCUCUAAAUCACUGCUGUUCUCUUCUACUCCCUCCUUUUCGUCCUACUAUAACUCUGUCCUGAUGGUCUGUCAGACUUAGUGCCGACAGCAGAGUCAGGUUUCAGUCAUACAGGCAGAAGUGAAAUGGAACCUGCCCUGCCCCUUUCGCUCUCUUUUUCUCUUGUGACAGAAAUAGAAUGCUAUCUAACACACAGCUGUGUCAUCACAGCAAUCACACCCUGCACUGGGGGGUAAAAGAGGCAGGAAUGUUUGUGGGAAAAGGGUUGCGGGUGACUGAAGGAGGUGGGAGUGGUUGGGAAAUCAUCUAAUUGACUGUUAUUUGGCUUUAUUUUAUUGUUUUGUAGCUCUGUCAUAUACGCACUUUGACAAACAUACAGAUGUGGUUGAUGCACUGAGAUAUGUGCCAACAUUUUGGAGCUGCUGACAAAUUUAGUCGGAUUUCUCUCUCUAACUGCUAUCUAUGUUACAAAAUAGUUUUUCUAUAAAUACGCAAUGCGCUGCUGUGUUGAUGAGUAAUACCACACCGCCAUCUUGUGGCUGGACACCAAAACUGCUCACGCAAAACAAAACAUGACUUGUUCACCUCUCGGACUGAAGGGUGUACCACAAAGCAUGCUCAAUGAAAUAGCCAGGUAACUUUGAUAAAUAAACAGAUAGCUAUUG